AUGAGUUGCGGGAAUCCUUUGUAUUUGCAAUGGAUUCAAGAAUGGAUGGAAGAGUCGACACGACGGUAUCCCAAGUCUUACCAGACAUGGAGAAAGGCAUAUGAUUCUAUGAAAAACUGUCCAGUUGCUUUACAACAUCCAUCACAAGCUUCUGCUUUGAAAGGAAUUGGGCCUACUAUAUGUGCCAAGCUUGAAAAGCGAUGGUUAGCAUACUGUCGAGAAAACGACAUACCAGUAACUCCUCUUCCCCAGCAAGAAAAUGUGAAUGAUUCGGCAGACCAAAAUGUCAAUUCUGCAGCAUCUUCUUCCAAUCUUGUGAAAAAGCCGACUGUUCGAAAGAAACGUCCAUACGUGCCGGGUUAUAGAUCGGGUGCAUAUGCCAUAUUAUGUUCCUUGUACUCUCUUCCAGCCCACGAAUUUGCUACGAAACCUCAAAUAAUUGUUUCGGCACAGAGUUUCUGCGAUGCAUCCUUUGGAUCAACUACCGAUGGGAACCAACGAUAUACAGCUUGGAAUGCUAUAAAAACACUUAUUACGAAAGGGCUUAUUUAUCAAACUGGUCACCCAGCCAAAUACUGUCUUACCGAUGACGGUGAAGAAGUGUGCACUCGUUUAGCAAGGGUUGAUGAUGCUUUUCGGAAAAAUGGUAGCCCUCUACGAUUAAAGAAAAGCAACUCCACUCCAGCUAGCUUUCCUAGUUCAAGUAAGGUACAAAAUGGGGACGUAUCACAGCGGGCUAUAGGAAAGAACAUGACAUUGGAUACGGUUUCGCAUCAACCAAGUGUUAUGGAAAAACAACCAGAACUUGUGCACUCAAGUGAUGAAGAGAUGGAGGAGAUAGCUGACGGCGAAAAAACGGAUGUGGAUGAGCUUCAAGAAGAGCAUACGGAUGAGAUAAAUUCGAAUAUUCCAAAUAUUGAUUUGACUGAUGUCAGUACAACAGUCUCAGAUAAAAACGUAAACGAUCAUAUUGAUAUUCCUCUGGAAGUUAUUCCAUUCGAACGUUGUACUUUGAUUUUGUUAAUAGAUACUCGAGAAAUUAGGAUCCGUGGUGACCGAAAUACUGUAGCUGACAAGCUGAACAACGACCAUAACGUUUUGUGUGAAGUACGUGCUUUGGAACUUGGCGAUGCUAUAUGGAUUGCGAGAGAUAGAGAAACAAGUCAAGAAAUUGUUCUUGAUUUCGUCGUGGAAAGAAAGCGGUAUGAUGAUUUGGUAGCCUCGAUCAAAGAUGGACGAUUUCACGAACAAAAACGUCGUCUCACGAAAAGUGGAUUAAGCACCGUUUUUUAUAUCUUAGAAGAAUCUAAUUUUGAUGAAAGCUUUUCUGAAUCUAUUCAUACAGUCGUUUCCAACAUACAAAUAGAUCAUUUAUUUCAUGUUCGUUGUACCAAGUCCUUGGACCAUACUAUUGCUACUUUAGCAAACAUGACAAAACACAUCCAAAAUCUCUAUCAAGAUCGAAAAACAUUAAAAUUAAUCCCAGACUUAUCGGUGGAGGCAAAGACAUUUGAAUCCAUGAGAAAGCAUCUAGAGAGACUGGAUCCGUCAAUUACCUAUCACAUUACUUAUAAUGCUUUCUCAUCUGUCUUGUCAAAGUCUUCUACUCUAACUCUUGGUGAUAUAUUCGUUCGAAUGCUGAUGAGCAUCCGUGGUGUCAGUGCACAGAAAGCAAUUGAAAUCCAAAAGCGUUUCCCUACGUUUAUUGAAUUAUUUGAGUCUUAUGAACGAUGUUCAUCAAAUCAAGAUCGAGAAUUGCUUCUUGCGAAAUCAUGUCAAGGCUUUGGAUCACAAGCCAUUGGUCCUGCUCUGUCAGCCAAAAUAGCCUAUGUUUUUCAUCCAGAUCCUGCAUAA